UACGUCCCUUACUCGCGCUUCGUUCUAAAACUUAUAGUACAACUCUUUCUUCCAGCAAGUACUCGCUAAGCUGGGACACUGCUGCAAUACUAUCUAGCGGUCUAUCCACACACAUAUCAAGCAACUUGAAUCUGACCUAAUCUUUAUUUUUCCAACCCUCCGCCUUCUUUCAACACAUCUUCACGACAUAAAAUGGAUAGGUUGGCAGCAAUGAGAGUGCGUUUAUCCCUUUUUCAAAUCAACAGUGAAGUUGAUGUCUUCUGGACUACAGGCCCAGCAACAGGGCGGGUGAGUUCGCAUGUUAUUUCAUGUUCAUGACGGGUCCCUCUGAUUUCAUGAGAUCACAGUAAUUCAUACGGCCAAAGACAAAAUCCAUAUACCAGGCAAGACGACCCUGCAUACGAGAUGGCUGACGUGAGGGACAGUUCAACAAACUUGACAUCAGGGGGCGACAGUAUGGCAGAAUUUUAUGCGGAGAUUUCAUCCCUUCAAGACACUAUCAAGACUUUUAACGCCAAUGUUUCUUAUAUCGACGAGUUGCACUCUCGUUCACUGAACAACACAGAUGAUACUGCCGCGCAACGCAACGCCUCUCAGCUGCAGGAGCUUGUGGAGGAAACCAGCACUCUGAGUACAACACUCAAGCGCCGUGUAAAGGCAUUAGAGAGGCAGGGAGGCAGUGGGCGUGACGGCCAGAUUCGCAAACAACAAACUGCUUUCGUCAAGUCGAAGUUCGUUGACGCCAUCCAAUCCUAUCAGAAUGUCGAGCAGCAGUACCGCCAAAAGUACAAGCAGCGAAUGGAGAGACAGUUCAAGAUUGUUAAGCCAGAUGCUACGCCUGAAGAAGUUCGGGCUAUUGUGAACGACGAGAAUGGGGGGCAAAUAUUCAGCCAAGCUUUGAUGAGCUCCAACCGAUACGGCGAAUCAAGAGCAGCAUACCGGGAGGUACAGGAGCGACACCAGGAUAUUAAGCGGAUUGAGCAAACCAUUUCAGAGCUUGCUCAGCUCUUCAAUGAUAUGAGCAUGAUGGUUGAGCAGCAAGACGAAACCAUCAACACGAUUCAAACAUCAGCAGAAAUGGUCGAGAAAGACACAGAAGCGGGCCUCCAGCACACAGGAAAAGCUGUUGUCUCUGCUCGCUCAGCCCGCAAAAAGCGAUGGAUUUGCUUCAUCCUAUCGCUUAUCAUCAUCGCAAUCAUUGUCAUCAUUGUGGUCGUAGUCGUCAAGAACAAUAGUGCCAAGUAAACGUCUGUCUGUGACUUGUCUGUGCCUUGCCGUUUUAUGCUUAUUCCACCACUUUACCUAUUGGACACCUGUCGUCUAACUACUGGCUGCACCCCACGCUCAUUACUACAUCUCUCUCUUCUAUCAAUCUACUGGACACUAGAUAACUUCUCGUUGGGUUCACCAGCAGUUUCUACUAUAACAAUCUGGGCACUGACCUUGGUAUUAUCACUUUUCCAAUGACAUGAACAAUUUACCGAUCACAAUCUUU